UGAGUUUUGACACAUGUAGUUGUAGUGUAAUAGCUGUUGUUCGUCUGAUUCUGAUUUGUGCUGAUUGUUUUUCAUCCUCAAUCAAUUAUAUUAUUUUGCUUAUCUUAUGUGUAUUGCUGGCUGCAGUACACAUAGUUUAUUACUACUAAGAUUUUGACAAUAACACCUUUGUAAUCAUGUCGAGUGCCGACAGAAUUGAUUUUGAAAUGGAAGUUGAGGUGGAAAGUGCUUCAUCAGGGCCGGCUGUGGAUCCUCCUAACCCCACAUCUCCAGCGCCUGCAGCACCAGGUUGCACUAAGAGCGUCGUGGUUACCACGGCUACUUCAGGAUCUGUAACUGUGUCUUUGCAUCCACUCGUCAUAAUGAAUGUGUCUGAACAUUGGACAAGAUUGCGGGCACAAGAAGGAUCUCCACAAAUAGUAAUUGGAGCUUUAAUUGGCAAACAGAAAGGCAGGAACAUAGAAGUAAUGAAUUCAUUCGAAUUAAUGUUCAGUGUUAUUGAGGGUGAUAUCUUAAUUGAUAGAGAUUAUUACAAUUUAAAGGAGGAACAAUUCAAACAAGUAUUCUCCGAUAUGGACUUCUUGGGCUGGUACACUACAGGAGACACUCCUACUGACAAAGACAUAGCCAUUCAUCGUCAGAUCUGUGAAAUCAACGAAUGCCCAGUCAUGCUCAUGCUCAACCCAGCGGGAAGGAACGGAGAUCAACUGCCAGUGGUUUUAUAUGAGUCUGUAAUAGAUGUAGUCAAUGGCAGAGCCACAAUGCUACUGGCACCUCUCACAUACACACUGGCGGCUGAAGAGGCAGAAAGAAUUGGUGUAGAUCAUGUAGCCCGAGUGUCUUCUGGUGAAGCCGCUCUUAACAGCUUAGUGGCUGAGCACCUGACGGCGCAGCGCUCAGCUAUAAAGAUGUUAGUGUCUCGAGUGCGUGCCGUGCUGGCGACGGUGCGAGCAAUCCGCGACGGCACGCUGCCGCCGCGGCCUGCUCUACUGCGGGAAGCGCGCGCACUCUCCAACAGACUGCCCCUGCUCACUUCACAACAGUUCCGCACACACUUUUAUAAUCAAUGCAACGACGUCGCUCUAAUGACGUACCUGGGCACCAUAACAAAAGGCUGCAAUGCUAUUAACCAGCUAGUGAACAGAUUCAACGUACUCUACGACAGACAGGGCAUGGGUCGCCGCAUGAGAGGACUAUUCUUUUAGGGUGGUAAUUAAUAUUAAAUACUUUUGUACAGAUACCAUAACAUCAUAGAGUGAGUGGAAAAAAUGCAUUUGGUACUCUUUUUUCUAAUAUGAGGACUUUUUCCACAAAUUCUAUACUCAGUACAAUUAAAAGAAACUUAGUUUUUAAUAUGAGAAUAUGAGUUUUUGCGUUGCUAGAGGCGCUCGUAAUGCAUAAGGUCUCUGGAUGAGCAGAAUAUUUUUGCUAAUGUUAACCAAUAGUAAUAUGUUGUAGACUUAUUGAAAUAAUAUUGGUUUAACAGAGGGAUUAGUACAAGUUUGUUUUACGUUUGACGAGAUCGAAACGUUACCGUAUUCAGUCAUUGGCGCCGUCUAGCGAGUACCAAAAUGAACCUCAUAGGUUGCGAUUCUCAUUGUAAUUAAAAUGUUACAUCCACAUACUAAAGAAAAUGUUAUACCUUGCCGGCGAAUAUCAUUCUCAAAAACCUGUAGUAGUCGAAUACCUGCCGGAUUAAAUAUUGAUUUGCAGUUUUGUAAAUGUGUGGUUAAAUUGAAUUAAAAUAAUUAAAUCCAACAAAACAUAAUUUUAUAGCUUUCUGAAGUGAAUGUGUUGCGGUCUUAAAUCAUUAUUGGCGUUGUUUUUGCUCACAGUACCAAUUAAUAGCCAUUCACAUUAUGUAAGUUAAUUGUAAAUGUCACGCUACAUCAUAAAAUUGACAUAGUGACUGAUUUUCUAGCUACUUAAAUAAAAACAUGUACCUUUUAAA